GUCUUCGUCUCUCUGGUCUCAAGUGUGAACUUCGUGUAAUCUCAUUUUUGCAUGGUGUGUGAUUGUGUGCAAGUCAUUGGUGGUGAACUGGGAGGUUCAUUGCAUUUAAUUGUUAUAAUAAAAAAACAUAUUUAUUGCCAGCCUUGUGCUGAUUUAAAGAAGAAUGAUGGAGCUAUAUGUUUUUAAUUAUUUAGUCGCUUUUGGAUAAAAAAAAGGUUGUGGACACUGUUGUUAACAGUGCAGCGCUGGCGAUUUUAUUUUAUCACUUCGCAAAUUGUUGCUUGCUGAUUGGCAGAAUGAAAAGGCAGCGAGAGGAACGGCAGCGAGAGGAUGCCAGGAACUAUAAUUCUACUCCUCGGAGGGGAAAUGCUCGCAGUGGUCGAAUGGAGGGAGGAGGUUCAGUGGAAGAAAAAAAUACCAAAGGUUCAACAGACGUGAGGAGAGAAUGCCCUUAUCUGGAUACUGUUAAUCGUCAGGUUCUCGAUUUCGAUUUUGAGAAGUUUUGUUCAGUUUCGCUGUCAAAUUUGAACGUCUAUGGCUGCUUAGUUUGUGGAAAAUAUUUUCAAGGGAGAGGUAAACACUCUCAUGCUUAUACACACAGCCUGGAGGCAGAUCACCAUGUGUUCAUCAACCUUCAUACAGAGAAAGUGUACUGUGUGCCAGAUGGAUAUGAGAUCAAUGAUCCCUCCUUGGAUGAUAUUCGGCACGUCCUCAACCCCAGAUUUGAUGCACAGCAGGUGGCGAACCUGGAUAAGAACAAACUAUGGUCUAGAGCACUGGAUGGAUCCGACUACAUGCCUGGCAUGGUAGGGUUGAACAACAUCAAGGACACAGACUUUGUCAAUGUCAUCAUUCAGUCGUUGAUGAGGGUGACGCAGCUGAGGGACUUUUUCCUGAUCCCAGGAAACUACAAGAAUUGUAGAUCGCCGUUAGUCCAACGCUUUGGCGAGCUGUUUCGAAAGAUCUGGCACCCACGCAAUUUCAAGGGUCAGGUUAGCCCUCACGAGUUUCUGCAGGCCGUCAUGGUGGCGAGCCGGAAACGGUUUCGCAUUGGCACGCAGUCCGAUCCAGUGGAGUUUAUGUCAUGGCUUCUCAACACGCUUCACCAUGAUCUUGGCGGCACCAAGAAGCCCAAUAGCAGUAUUAUUUACCGCUGCUUUCAGGGGGAGCUUGAGGUUGUAAGCGAGGUCGUUGAGAAGGACGCUGGAAACAAUAAGGAGGGUGAGAACACAGUCGUUAAGGAGGAGACGAGCAAGAUGCCUUUCUUGAUGCUUGCUCUGGACUUACCGCCGCCGCCACUUUUCAAGGAUGUCAUGGAGAAGAAUAUUAUACCUCAGGUUCCUUUGUUCACCAUCUUGAAGAAAUUUGAUGGAGAAACAGUGCAUGAGACAGUGAAGACUGGACGAAAGCGUUAUAAGAUCUCUCGUCUUCCUCAGUACCUGGUGCUGCAUAUGAAGCGUUUUACAAAGAACAACUUCUUCAUUGAGAAGAACCCAACAUUAGUGAAUUUUCCUGUGAAGAAUCUUGAACUGAAGGACUACUUACCUCUUCCAGCUGGAAAAGACGGUGACAAAGUGAAGUCCAAGUACGACUUGAUAGCCAACCUUGUUCAUGACGGCAAACCCGGAGAAGGGUCAUACCGUGUCUUUGUACAAAGAAAGUCAGAGGAAACCUGGUACGAAAUGCAAGACCUCCAUGUCUCUGAGACAUUGCCCCAGAUGGUCGCGCUGUCAGAGGCAUACAUGCAAAUCUAUGAGCAGCAACUAUGAUACCAAGUAUACUUCAAGGUGAUGUCUGCAGGUUGGUUGAGGUUGGCGAUCUCCAGUCGGCUUAGGGUGUGUGUAGACACACACGGAUUUCCUAGUUUCCAUCAGUUUGUGACUGCAGUCCGAUGCAUCUAGGAAAGUCGUUGCGAGGUUGUAUGAUGCGGUUUUUGCUAAUGCGUUGGUGCUGUCGAUGACCAUAUACCAAGCGACUUAUAUGACUAUACAGCUGAUGACCUAGGUAACUAUACAGCUGGCGACUUAUCUGACUAUACAGCUGGCGACUCACGUGACUAUACAGCUGGUGACCUCCACAGUGUCCAAUGACUGAAGGAGUGGGCGGGUUUGCAGUUGUGCUUCCUUGCCGACCUGAACGUUCAGCAGCUGCAGCUUUUGAGUCGUGAUCCGUUGCCGAUCUUUUCCUUCGUCCACGGUUCAAUGAUAUGAUGGAAGGUAUAGUAAGUGGAGGAGAUCGAGAAGGAGAUGAAGAAGGAGAAGGAGAAGGAGAAGGAGAUGGGGAAGAGUGAGAAAUGUCCUUGUGCAUAGGAAUGUAUAGCCCCUGCUGCUGUAGAGUUGUGGUCCUGCGCCAGUCUAUUCCUCUGUCUGAGCAUCUGUGCAAUGGUUGGCACAUGGUUUGUGAAAGGUGUGGACAACUCAGUGACAAGUGGAGAAAAAUCUACCGUCUUAACCCGAGUAGAACGCCUGGUCAUUAUACCUGUGUUCGGGGCGACUCUCAGUCGGUAUACAGCGAUAAUGACCCGGCAUUCUAUUCGAGUGCUGACACGCGGAAUUAUGUACGAUCUUCCUUGAGGGAAAGAGCUAUAAUGUGCACGGUCCUUUCUAACCCAGUCCUUUGCUCUUUUGUCCUUUUUUCCUAUACUUGCCUCAGAGUCUAUCCACGCAGGUUUCUGCUUCUUGACGGAAGUCACGGAAACGGUGAAUCUUGAAGCAAUUUUUUUCCUUCAAUGCUUACUUUUCUUCCUCCCCCCCCCCUCCCCUCCCCCACCCUUUUAAUUUUCGACGGGUUUUUCUCCUUGUCUGGCUUUUCUGAUCUUGGCGGUUGUUUGACUGUGGCAGCAAGUCUCACAAGAACUGUUUUUUUCUUUUUUUCUUCACUUAGGUUUUCCCGUGUUUUUGAUGGUGUGUUUGCUUAGGGCGUGGCUCCACUACGCACGAAAUGUGCAAAAUGAGAAUGAAUCUUCCGCAAGAAC